GUUUAUAUCGUUCGUUCAACCAUUGAGAGUCGAAUUUCGCUUGCAAUCUGUUCUAGGUGGAUUCAUGUUAUACGUUAAGACUUUGUUCUUUGCCACUAAAAAAUGUUGUUUAUCAAUCUGUGAUUAAGUUGGCAAUAAUGUAUGGCAAGAACAAGUCGGUUGGGAUCCCGUCUGAUGCUCAGUCUAAAGAGAAAUUGGCGGUGUAUGUUUACGAGUACCUUGUGCACAUUGGGGCACAAAAGACAGCUAAUUCUUUUCUUCAAGAGGUAAUGUCUUCUUAAGUAAUGCAGUUACUUAAGAUCCGGUGGGACAAAUCAAUAAGCGUCGGCGAGCCUCCUGGAUUUUUGCACUCAUGGUGGAGUGUAUUUUGGGACCUGUACAGUGCGGCUCCUGAAAGACGUGAUACACAUGAGCACUCAAGCGAAGCCAAAGCAUUCCACGACUAUGGUUUUGUGAAUUCGGGUUACCCAAAUGGAUUACCACAUCCCAAUCACCCUGUUAUGUCUGGCCCCCCAAGUGUCAGUGGUCCUGGUGGAGCAGGACCGGGAAUGCCUCCUCCACUCGGACCCCCUGGACCCGACCCAGUAUCAAUGAGACAAAGGCCAUCUGGACCACCUUUAAUGACAGCCAGUGGUCUUCAAAAUCCAGGACCUGGUUUACAAGGACCUUCACCUCAUCAUCCGUCAGUACGAUUUCAUCAACCUGGUACAGGUGGAUACCCAGGUAUUCCUGUCGGUAGUAGUAUGAUUCCUCCACAUGCAAAUUUACUGCCAGGUUCGGGUCCUUCACAUCCCAUGCACGGUAACCCUAUGAUGCCUCAUCAUCACCCACCCGGUGCCAUUGUAGGUCACCCUCGUCCUAGGUGGAUCGGUCCAUCUAUUCCACAACAGGCAGGUGGUCCUCCAUGCCCUCCCCAACAAGGCGGUGGCCCUCCAGUUUGUUCAGGAUCGGCUGGGCCGAAUUCAGUAUCGUCAACUGGACCUGGAAGUGUCGGUCCGGGUUCGUGUGGAGGCAGUGGUAUAGUUCCUAGUCCCGGUCAUCCUGGUACACCAACUCAACACGCUCCUCAUCUUGCUGCUCCUAGUCCCAUCAACAAUCAGUCUAACGAUCACCAGCCGUCUGGAGGUGGAAUGUCAGGUCAUCCACAUCAUCCUACACCGCCACAUUAUAUGGGUGGUCAACCACCACCACAACAACAAACACCACCUUCUUCAAAUUCCUGUCUCCCUCCAGAAUAUGCUGCAAGACCUUCUCCACAUCUUGUUUUUAGUGGUGGAGGACCUGGCUCUACUCCUGAUAACGGUAUGUUUGGUACAGGUCCCGGAUGCAGUGACUCUGGAUUAUUAAAUGGUUCUGUGGGCCCUCCUCGUAGCAGCGGAAUGAUGCCCCCUCCUCCCCCAGACUACUCAAGUGGUAUGCCUUCUUCUGCAUCAAACCCUUACCCACCCGGUUCUGAUCUCAAAGCCUCGCCGUUACAUGGGGGUCCUGGAAUGGGUUGUGACAUGGUAAGUCCAGCUGGAGGCCCUCCCCCAUUGAUGCCCUCUGAUUACCCUUCCGGCAAUGGCCCUGGUGGCAACGGACCUGGACAAGGCAGCAGUGGGUUCCCAGGAGAUUCUGUUAUGAUGAUGCCUCCGCCGCAACAGCAAAGUGUUUUACAACAGCAUAUGGGUGGUGGACCGCAAGGCCAAGCUCCGCCUCCUCCUCAGUAUGUUCCUUCUGGGGGUCAGCACUCAGGGUCAGGUGGGGGUCCCCCAUCGUCCAUGCAGUCCGUUUGUGGGGGAUCUAAUCCUAGUCCAGCUGGCGGUCCGGGUUCUGUGCAGUUUCCAGUAAGUUUUCAUGGUUACCAUCACUAUUCAGAUUAAAUUUGAUCUUUUUACACAGCACUGAGUUUUUUAUUAUCCAGUCAGUUGCUAUGAAAUGUAUCGAAUAGAGUUGAGCUUCUUACUGACUAACGUCGUGCUACAAGUAUUUAGAUGUUGUACAUUUUUGGUCACGCUCAUGUUUUAGUAGCUUUGUGUAGCGGUGGAUUAUGACGUUAAGCUUUCGACCUUCGGUCACCAAGUUUAAACCUCGCUCCUAGUUUGAUUUUAGCAAUGGCGUAGUAUCACUAGCUGCUGUAUUUAAAAUGUUGCUCAAAGUACACAAUUCUGUACCGGAAGAGUUGCAAGCGUUUACAUCACUAGUAAACUCUACAUUUUAGUGUGACAAAAUUGUGAAGAAUGUUUGCAUGCUUGGAGCUUCAAAAAAUUUUCCACUGAAUUUCCGGAUCUGUCAAAAUGUCAGUUUUCUGCUUGAAAUUUUCAUCCACGUUGGAAUCCUGGUGUCUAAGACAUAAAGUGUGGGAGUCAAUAGUACCGUGAAUUACUGCUCAUGGUUCGUUACUGUACUUUGCCAUUGAGCGAUAUUUAUACGAUGCGUUCGUAAAAUAACGGGAUGCUCAUUUCGAGACUAAGUGGUAUUAAAUAAACCUCAAAUUUAGUACGUAAAUAUGAAGAGUAAACUCAUUGGCUGAAAGGUUUUUGGUUCACUCAUAAAUUACUGUGUUAACGUGUAGAAAUAUACCUAGGUAGCAUAGAUAUCAGAAUUAAAUCAAUAUUCGCUUACCUUCACUCUCAUUAUGAUUAAAUCCAUGAAUAUGUAAUGACAAUAAUAAUAGUAUAUGCAUCUCUAAAAUGACCGUUGUGAAGAUGCAUCGAAACGAUCCUCAUAUUCUAAGGGUCAAGAAAAGUAAUGUUUCAGCUCAAGCGACAACGUCACCUAAUGUGGAUGAGCUCAAUAUAUGUUAGCAACACAUUUUCUAGCGAUUUAGCGUAUAUACAAUUAGGUUUUAUAUUGCGUUAAAAUUUAACGGAGAAGCUGCCUGUUAUUUUUUUAUAUUAUUUCCCAAAAAUUAAUUAUGAUCCACUUUUUCUGCGUUCCAGCAAGAAUAUUCGUUCAGUCAAAUGUCCUAAGUGGAUCGUGUCGAGUGCAACUACCCUCCUGUUUGUCGAAAACUGCAGCCAUCAGGUGGCAGUGUACUGGUUUCUGUUUGUGCACCUUUAUUAUUACCAUUUUGUUCUACACAAUAUCUGCAUGUCAAUUUACAAACCCUUUUUAGAUUUGAAUGUGUAUCUUAUCCUUAAGUUGAUUGCCCUCGAAUCAUGUCUCACCCGCCUAUCAGUGUAUAUGUUUCGCGGAGCCAUUAUUUGAAAGACAUGAUCUAAACAGAGGAAUCUGUCUAAACACUUUUAUAUUUCUUGAUACCCCGGUAUCACCUGAGCGCAUGGACACCAGUAAUAAUUUCCAUUAAAUGAAAUUAUCAUUUAUUUUGUUAAUGAAUUCCUCGAUUGUUUUGUGUCAUACCUGCUUUAAAUGCAUUUAAUGUUUUGUCAGUAUAUUUCUCCUUGUAGUACAUUGUCUGCUUAAUUACAAUUUAACUAGCAUUAUACAUUUGAUCUUUUUAAAUAAUGUAACGAUCUUGACAAAUAUCAGUCUGCCUGCACAAAUUUGUAAAACCAAAUGAUCUUGGGUGUUUUCUAAUAUGGAUCCAUAGUCUAUUGCAGUACUGUGAACGGACGAUUUUAAAAUUGCGAUGGAUAUUGUUCAAAACAGUAUUUCUCAUUUUUAUAUUCCUGUGACUGACCAUACUUAAAUGAAUGACAGUAAAUUUUUCAUGUCCAACAAUUCAUUUUAAGUAGAAACUUCUCUUUGUCUUUUCAGCAACAUCGUAUUUUGUAAACGUUAGCAUAAAUUUUUUCGCUGAGCAUUUUCGGUUCUAUGACUGUCAAAGAAUUUUCAUCACACUUUCUGAUUUACAUUAUUUGUCUUCAGUUGGUUUGAUGUUUUCACUACAUUCUUAAAUUUAUUAUAAUUGAUAAAUACUUCCCAAAUU